AUGAAGGUCGGUAGCGUAGUUGGAAUGGCUGCUUUUUAUCCAUUGGACACAUUAAGAUCCAGAAUACAAGCCUUUAUUUUGAGGGAAAAUUAUAUACGUUACGCACUAUCCCUGACGCCUGACGGGACGGUGGGGGGAAGUAUGGGUCUUUCCCCCUCUGAAUGCAGGGGCCCAACCACUAAAAACCCUGGGCAUUCCUCCGUUGCGAGUGGCAAUAGGGAACCUGACCGUAUUCGCCGGGACAUUCACUCCCGGUUAGAGGGGACUUUUCUGGUCUUUACUUGGAAGGUGGAAAAGCGCAGGGCAAGCAAGCCCUUUGGGGCUACCCUUACGGACCCUCUCCUGCAGUCUUUGGGUAUAUCGCCUUCCGGCAGUACUGGGAGCAGUCAUGUCACGAUGAGUGCUAUCAGGACAAUUAGGAGAGAAGGGAUCCCAAGACCCCGACGUGAGAUACAGCCUGUGAAUGACACACAAUUGAAAGGAUCUCCAUGGGAACUUUUGACAAGAAUGGCAAAUGAAGAAGGUAUCGAAUCAUUGUAUCGUGGCUUGUCUCCUGUAUUGCAGUCUUUGUCAGUUUCAAACUUCGUUUACUUUUAUUCAUUCCAUGCACUUCGUAAAGUUGUUUCAAAUGAUAAUUCUGCUAUAAAAGAUUUACUAAUUGGAAUAGCAGCUGGUAGUAUUAACGUUUUGUUGACUUCUCCUCUAUGGGUUGUGAACACUAGAAUGAAAUUGGAUAAGACUUCUUAUAGCAGUCUUUUGGGAGGUCUUAUUGAUAUCGCUAAAAAGGAAGGUGCCAAAGGACUGUGGUCAGGCACAAUACCGUCACUUUUACUAGUUUCUAAUCCGGCGGUUCAAUUUAUGGUUUACGAGACAUUAAAACGGGAUCUCGUUACGAGAGGACGUUUUGAUACGUACGCGGCUUUUUUGGUUGGUGCUAUAGCGAAAGCUGUAGCUACUACUGUGACCUAUCCUUUACAACUAGUGCAGUCAAAACUCAGAGCUGGAGCUAAUAUGAAUCCUCUUAUGAAAGAUCUCAAGUCAAACCCACUAGUCAUGUUUCGUGGACUCGAAGCAAAAUUACUGCAAACAGUCAUGACAGCUGCUCUAAUGUUUCUUAUUUACGAGAAACUUGUUAGGUUAGUUUUGUCUAUUAUGCGAGUAAAACUGGUGAAACGUCAUUGAUAUUAUUCAAUGAUUUGGAUAUGUAUUAUUUAAUUUUUCAAUAUAAAUGUUGGACUAAGCUAUAAUUAACAAAAAGAUCGUUUGGGACAGGACCAUGACAUGCAUAUGGAUCUUGGGUUAGGUGUUGGUUGAUUACGUUAAUUACUUUUUAUGUAAAUCGUAUCCGUCUAUUUUUUUAUUAUCUAUGACAUUCCAAUAAUUUAGUUUCAAUAACGCGUGUUGAUUACUUAUAAUGACUGACUAACAUCAACUUUAAGUUAAGGCAUAGAACAUAAAUAAUCACAGCUAGAGUAAUAACAAUGGCUUUAAAUAAUUUUCAUAUAGGUAGUAUUUAUUACCUAAU